AUGUCCGGCCCACGCUUGUGCUCGAGCUCACACAACUACCAGCAGAGUGCUAGUUGCAUUUUCAAAGUUGACCAAGGAUUGGAUGGUGAAUACAGGUGCUCAAGUGGGAAUCUUUUCAAUGAAUCCGCUCUGUCCAACAGAGAAAACGUACAGUUCAGAGACCGUUCGUGGAUCUUGCCAAGCGACCCAUCACCGCCAUUGCAAGGACAAAACUUUUCUUUGAUGUGCAUGCCAAAAAAAGGAAAUCAUGACUACACUUGGCACUCUAUUAUAAGUUCAAGUUAUUAUUUUCUUCAACGUGGACAACUUCUGGAGAUCUCUAACUUUUCCCGCGCCUACCCAGAUGGGUAUUAUUGCAACAGUGAGGGCAGUGGAUUUUACAGUAGAGACUUCAUGUUUUCCAACUUCUAUGGAUUAAAUAUUUACGGGGCAUCGUAUUGGACAAAUGCCGGAAGAAAUGUAUCUGUGUUGAGCUGCAGAAUAGGUGAUUCACCGUGGUCGUCCCUCUACCAAGACGGGAUAAGGGUUGCCUCGACGAGCAUAACCAUGGCAAACUACAAUGUGUUUCCAAAAUUAUUUGGAUCAAACUACGCGUGCCAGGCAAGAAAUAUCUGGACCAGCUCAAGAUUGAGCAAAACGAUCUACAUACACGGCAGAGAUGAUGUGAUCGUUCGUUCCUCCACCAAGGUGGCUUAUCUGGGCCAACGGCUUCAACUAACCUGCGAGACACACCACGGUGAAAAUGUCACUUUCCAUUGGAGGAAACCCAAUAUCACCCUUGAUGGUUCAAAUCAUAUCAUCGAUGGUGAAACAUUGACCUUGGAACCUGUCUUAUCAAGGGAUGAGGGACGCUAUUCCUGCUGGAUCGAGAAAAAUGGGACACGGAUUUCUUCAGCCAAUGACUUUCUGAUACAACGUAUGCCAAUUUAAUUCGCAAUUUAAAAUCAAAUAAGCUUUCUAAAGACGAUUAAUAUUAGGCCUACACGUUCGUCUUUUUUCCAUUUCACACACAUAAGCUAAGACCAGGUUCUUAAAUCAGUGCAUUAAUUAGACCGCAUCUUUUGACAUGAAUGAUAUUAAGCCUACCAAU